AUGUACGUGGUCUACCUACUACCAACAGACAGCCCAGUCGCGACGCAGCGGCAUUCGUACUGCGUCACAGGACCCGACAACACCACGAUGCAACGCCCUGCCGGCCUGUCCUGUCCGUCACGCAGCCAUCCGACACAUCACUUUGUCCAUGGUGGAUCUGAUGGGCCAGGGCCAGACAGCACAGGCCAGCCAGGGUCUCAUGCCCAGUCAAUGGCGGUCCUGUGCUGCCACGAAGACUUAGCGUGCUCGGCAUCCCCGCCACUUCAGCUUGCUUGUGCACCCCCCCCUGUCCACCGAACUUUCCUCCAGUCUUGUCCUCCUGGCGAAUCUCAUCGAUUUGCGACUCGAUCUCCCCCGGUUGGCAGCACGCCGUUUGGCCCCCUAGUUCCAUCGUUCGUGAUUCAUCCAUCCGUCGAGGGCUGGACGACGAUCAAGUAUGACCAUCUCUUUGCCGUUUGCCAUUACCUUUUCAUGAGAUCGAGGCCCAAGAUCGGAUUACAUGACCUACUGUGCUGCUUUGGACUGCUUGCUCUCACGAUUUGGCAUGGAUGGCUCGGCGGCAGCGACAACUGA